CAUUUUUUAGGAGUUAGAGAUGUCGGAAGCAGCUACUCCAUUGAUAGCCGAAGCGGAGGCUGCUGGUGGCGGAAAUGAUAGUUGCCUAUGGUGGAAGAAGAUACUAAAUUGGGAAGAGGCUAAGCAUCAGAUCUUAUUUUCCCUUCCUAUGAUACUAACCAAUGUUGCAUACUAUUGCAUACCAUUAAUCUCCGUCAUGUUCGCCGGCCACCUCGGAGAAGCUGAGCUCGCCGCCUCUAACCUCGCUAACUCCUGGGCCACCGUCACCGGACUCUCUUUCAUGGUGGGCCUAAGUGGGGCACUAGAGACAUUAUGUGGGCAAGGAUUUGGAGCAAAAAUUUACCGAAUGCUUGGGAUUUAUCUACAAUCAUCUUGUUUAAUAUCCAUUUUCUUCUCCAUUCUUAUUUCAAUUCUUUGGUUUUUCACUGAACCCAUUCUCAUUUUACUUCAACAAGAUCCACAAAUCUCAAAAAUAGCUGCUUUAUACAUCAAGUAUCUUGUCCCAGGUUUAUUCGCCUAUGGUGUUUUAAACAACAUUUUGAGAUUUCUCCAAACACAAUCCGUUGUAACCCCUUUAGUAAUAUGUUCACUUAUCCCAUUAAUUCUUCAUAUCGCUAUUACUUAUGCACUUGUACAUUGGACUUCAUUAUCUUUCAUUGGAGCUCCAAUUGCGGUUUCAAUUUCAUUAUGGAUUGCAGUGGUUAUGUUAGCGGGAUAUGUUCUUUUAAGUGGAAAUUUUAAAGAAACAUGGCAAGGUUUUUCAAUGGAGUGUUUUAGUUAUGUUUUUACGAGUUUAAAGCUUGCUUUACCCUCUGCUGCUAUGGUUUGUUUAGAAUAUUGGGCUUUUGAGUUACUUGUGUUGUUGGCUGGGAUUUUGCCAAAUUCAGAAAUAACUACUUCCCUCAUCGCAAUGUGUGUAAAUACAGAAGCAAUUGCAUACAUGGUUACAUAUGGUCUUAGUGCUGCUGCAAGCACACGUGUGUCAAAUGAGCUUGGAGCUAAAAAUAUCGACAAAGCUAAAGAGGCCAUGGCUGUGACCAUAAAGCUUUCAGUGAUUCUUGCACUUGUCAUUGUUUUAGCAUUGGGAUUUGGUCACAAUAUAUGGGCGGGAUUCUUUAGUAACAGUCGUGUGAUUAUAAACCAAUUCGCUUCCAUGACACCUUUUUUGAUGAUCUCAAUCACUGUUGAUUCAAUCCAAGGAGUUUUAUCAGGUGUAGCAAGGGGAUGCGGUUGGCAGCAUUUGGCUGUGUGUGUAAAUUUGGCAAUGUUUUAUGUUAUUGGGAUGCCGGUUGCUGUUGCCCUUGCCUUUUUAGUGAAACUAUACGCAAAGGGGCUGUGGUUAGGGUUGAUAUGCGGUCUCUCGUGUCAAACCGGUGGUUUGUUACUACUUAUGUAUCUCAAAAAAUGGACAGAAGUGGAAUUGAAGGAUAGCAACAGCUAUGGCGACACAAUUCUUGUUUGACCUAAUAUUUGUGUUUCUAGUUGAACUAAAAGGAUGAAGAAAGUUGUAUAAAAAUUACAAACUCAUGUUUAUGAUUUUAAUUGAAAUGGAUUGAUUUA